GAAAAAGGAACGAAAUUGUAGGUGGCUCCACGACAGUGAUGCGGUUCAUCAACAAUCGUUGUGGUUUGUUAAAUAAAUUAAUUUUGCAGUUUCAGUGAACUUUAAAUAGAUGAGAAAAUUAGAUGUGCAAGAGGCCUGGGGCGCUGAAAGAUUAGAGGCGCAAUUAGAGGCAGCCCGAGAUGGUCUUCGAGGUCUCGAUCGAAGUAUUCGGAAAAUCUUGGGCCGGGAUCUCCCUGAUGGAGAAAACGGCCCAUUACAACCACCACCCAGUAGACUAUCUCAAAAAAGACCACUACAGGAAGAUAGACGGCGUGUUGUAUCAGACUUUGUCAAUAAUGAAUUACCUGGAGGAAAACGUAGAUGGCAGGGUUCAAAUGGUGAACCAAAAACAGUUUUCAGUCGCUUAAGUGCACGUGUACCUUCCAAUAAUGAUGACAGUGCUGAUGAGGAUGAUAAUGUUAUCAAGCCAGCAGUGUCUUCAAGGGUAAUAGCAACUCCAAGAGAGAUUCCAUCUAGACAAGAAGUUAUCAGACGCGAGAGAGUGGAUGAACGCAGUCGGCAGAGGAAUAAACGGAUGUUUGGGGCUCUUUUAGGUACAUUACAAAAGUUUAGACAAGAGGAAACUAAGCUAAAAGCAAAGGAAGAUAAAAAGGCAGAAGUAGAGGCGAGGGUAGAAGAAGCUCGAAGACGGGAGAAAGAAGAAUUACGAAGAGAAAGACAGCAGUUGUUUUUGUCACGCAAACGGCAAUUAGCUGAAGUACGAGCGUUGGAAGCAAAGUUGGCACGUAGUCGACAAUUUCAAGACUGGCGUGCUGCACAAUUACCGCUAGCUUGUUUCAUAAAAACGCGUGCGCAACCCGCUAUUUACUAUAUACCAAAGCGUAAACAUCCACAAACUGAUAUUUUAUUGGCUCAGUCUGCAAAAGAACUUCACGAGGAAAUUGAACGAAGAGAAAAAGCAUUAGUCGAAGAACUUGAACUAAUCGAAGUUCAAGUAGGUCUCAAUAAGCAUCAACAGAGUUUCGAUGGAUCAACAACGCUAAAUGCACCGACCGAAGUUCAGCAAUCGACAGAAGAGGGAGAAGAGAAUCGUGAUCCAAACCCAGAACAAAAUAUAGAGCCAGAACCCACUGAAACAGUCGCACCUCCAGUAAAAUUUGAGAAGGAUGAAAACUACGAUAAUACAAAUGACGUUGAAGUAAAGGAAGAAACGCAAGUAGAGGAGGCGAAAGAUGAAAACAAUGGCUAGUAUUAAAUGUACUUACAGUGAUUGUACAUAUUACGUACAUUGGAUGGUCCAACGAAAAAAAAAGUUUUUCUUAUACAACACUUCAUGCGUGUGGAUACAUUGUACAAUUUUUGAAAGGAUUUCACUUUCUACUUGUUCUCAUAUAGAUACAAAUUCAUUCCCUUCAUCAGAUUACAUACUCAUUUUUUCAUCAUGCGUCAAAUGACGAAAGUUAUUCGAAUUUAUCUUAGACCUAAGGAGGAAUAGUUGCAGUUCAUUGAAAUCCCAUAUUUUUUAAAUGUUACAUAUUUGUAUGAUGGCUGUUGUAGCAUAUUAUUUAUGUAACUACCAUUUUGUAAGUAGAAUGAGGAACAUGGUGGAGAAAUAAGUAUGUUGAUAAACUAUCCUGAAUGAAAUCAA